CGGGAAACGGCCAAAUAAGUCAACGGAUCCUUACACAGCCUUCAACAGCAACCCGAACAGGUGGUGAGUUCGAGCUAGACAUCUCGAUAUUCGAUCACAGCCAAAGCGGCUGCGAGGGCGAGAUAUUAGGUGGAGAAUUGGUGUCUUGGAAAGUGUUUAAUCAAAGGCAAUGGUAGAAUGUUAGAACUCGAGGAAAGGAAAGGAUCUGCACGAAGAAGAGAGAGAAGGGAAUAGAAGGAAGAGAGAUUUUGGAGGAAGGUAAAGUGCGAUGAGGGAUGGUAGAAGGCGAGAGAGUUUAGGAUGGUGGUUGUGUUCUGCUUCCCGGGCUCAUUUUCUUAUCAGAUCCGAGGCGUGAUUUUUUCGUUGUACAACCUUCACACUUCUUUCUGUGUUGUUCUCUCACUUCUCAGCUGCCCUAGCCCCUUGUGUUUUGGAAUUGAAACUCCGAAUUAUCAGAUAGAAUGCAUUUCAAGGAAUACACACCCAGGCUGAAUUUUCUCAAGGAUUCUGCCAGCUCCUUGAGUUCGACGAGCCCCUCUACUGCCGCCUACUUAAUGUCCGCCCAUAAUGUCAUCUUCCAUGAAGAGCACAAGCCGCUCAACCAGCGGCUACAUGAUUCGUUCUGUGGUGCUUGUGGUGGUCCUAGGAAUAACGAGUGGACGAAGGUAACUUCCAUUAAAAAGAAAAAUCAAAAGCGCGCCACUUCCUCGCUCGCAAAAGGUCUCACGGCAGAAGGGGCUACUGUUUACAAGUGCCUGCGCUGCCGUCGACGGACGGUGACCCAGCCUCGCGCUCCAUCAAAAGCUGCCCCUGUCACUAUCCCCAUUGUUGACUCUCGGCCAUCUUCAUCUACUACGACCCCGGCUUUGCCAGAGCAAGUGUCUGCUAGUAAAACUACGGAAAACGCCAGUAGUAAAAAGCGCGCCAAGGCGAGGAAACAGGGUGGAUUGCAGGCUCUUCUCGCUACAAAACAAUCUCAGAGUGACUCAGCCAAGUCGCUGGACUUGUUUGAUUUCCUCCAGCAGUGAAGACUUUCUUUUUCCUCGCACUCUCCUCUGACUCGUCGCUUUGUUGCACAUCCUCCUUUUUUAUGCCAAGCCCGGAAUAUCGGCACUCAUUAUUCCGAAUCUAACUGAGACUAGCGCGGGGCAGCAGCUCUCUCCACAGCUUCGG